CAAAAGCCCAUAUAAAGGAGAAGAAGGGAGGAGACUUGACUGGGUGGAAAAAGAAAAGAAAAACUAGUUGAUGAAGCAAGGAAGCUCAACUGAAAUUAUUACACAACAUUGGUCUAUAAAAGCCCAAAGGUGCUAGGCUGUUGCUUCAUUGCGUAAUUGAAGAGAAAUAAUUGUUUAUAUUUCGCAUACAAGUACUGAAAUGAGGCUAAUUAAGCAGCUGGUGGUUGCUUUAGUAAUUGCUUCAUUAUUAGAGGGAUGGUGGAGCUGUGAUGGUUGUUUGGAUUAUGAGAGAAAUGCUCUUUUGCAACUCAGGGCUUCUUUCAAUCAUCCUGAACUCAUGUCACUCUUUUCCUGGGGAUUAUACACUGAUGACUGUUGUAAAUGGGAAAAAAUUCACUGCAGCUCCACCACUAGACGAGUUUCCAAACUCAGUAUUUGGGGCGAUUUUUCGCCCGUUGAAUGGUGCUUCAAUGCCUCUUUGUUUCUUCCUUUUCAAGAAUUGACGAGUCUUAGCUUACAAAACAAUCAUAUUAUUGAUUGUGUUGAGAAUGAAGGUUUUGAAAGAUUAGAAAAGCUCAGCAAGUUGGAGUUUCUUGAUUUAGAAUAUAACUUGUUCAACAACGAGAGCAUUGUAUCAUCCAUUGGCCAUCUUUCAUCUUUAAAAUCAUUGAAUUUGGCCGACAAUGGAUUGGAAAGUAUAACUGAUAUUCAAGGACUAUCAAGUCUUCAAAAUUUGGUGUUUCUUGAUUUGUCAUUCAACAAUUUCAAUGAUAGCAUCAUAUCAUUUUUACGAAUCUUUCCAUCUUUAAAAUCAUUAAAUUUAGCCUACACUGGAUUGGGAAGUGGUAUUCAAGGUUAGCUCUAAUUGUGAUAUCUUUUUAUUAUAAUUGAUCAGGAUUUUCCUUUUACUUAUUUAUUUUCAAUUUUCAAGUGAAACUUUGACUGAUACUCUUUUAUGACUUGUGAAGGACUAUCAGGACUUGAAAAUUUGGAGUUUCUUGAUUUGUCAUUCAACAACUUCAACAAGAGCAUCAUACCACUUCUAAGUGUAUUUUCAUCUUUAAAAUCUUUAAAAUUGAUCUACAACAGACUGGAAAAUAUAACUGAUUUUCAAGGACUAUCAAAACUUAGCAAUUUGGAAUUUCUUGAUUUAAGUCGUAAUGACUUCGGCAAUAGUACUCUAUCAUCCAUUAGUGAUCUUUCAUCUUUAAAAGAAUUACAUCUGGAUAAAUGUGGAUUGAGAGGAACAUUCGAUAUUCAAAAAUGGGAUGCUUUGGGUAGCUUAAAGGUACUGAGCCUAGGAGGAAAUCGAAUUACCAAAGUUGUGGACUCAAGAGGUAUGCCAGUUAAAACAAAGUUUGAUACAUGCAUUAAUAGUUGGGUGGUCCUGGUUGUUGGUUUUUAUUGUAUUUUCAAUAUAGAUUCCAAUUCCAUAAAUUAAACAUUACAUAUUUUCUCUAUUAUAUCACAAAACAUAAUUGUAUUCACUAGUGAAGCAAUUCGUUCCAAGUAACUGUGUGUGCAUAUAGACUAGCCUUAAGCCCUGUAGGCUAAUAUGAACAAUAAAAUACAACCCUCCUUUGCUAAGAUGUCCAAAGUAUAAUAUAUAUAUAUAUACACACACACACACUUUUUUUAAGAAAAAAGAAAAUUGCAUGUAAAGUCACUAACUAGAAUUGCUUUGGUGCACAAUUGAAGGACUAUCAAAACUUAGAAGUUUGGAAUUUCUUGAUUUAAGUGUUAAUGAAUUCGGCAAUAGUGCCCUAUCAUUCAUUGGUGAUCUUUCAUCUAAAAGAAUUACAUCUUUUAACCCUCUUUUUGUCACACUCAUGGUUUAUUACAAAAAGGAAUUUUAUGAAUUUUUUUAUACUCACUUGAAUAUUUGACAAAAUGAUAUCAAUUUUAAAGAUAUUUGUUUUUAUGUUAAUAAUUAUAUUGAUGCAGUAGUAUGCAAUAAAUAAAAUAAUUUUUAAAAUUUUUAUAUUAUUUGCGGACUUAAGACAUUUUAAUAAAGUUUAGUAUAUCAUUUUAUAAAAAAAAUAAAUAAAUAAAAAAUAAACAUAGACCCUUACUAGUCUUUCAAAAAUUUCAAAUUACUUGUUUAUACAUUUCUAAAAAUGAAAAUAUAUUUGAAAGCAAAGCUUAGAAUGUCUUUUUUACCAUAAUUAACCCUCACAAAUUGAUAUUUGAUAGACACAUUUUAGAUUUGUACUAACACUUUUCACAUAAAUAAUUUUAGGUUUAUGCGAGUUAAAACAUCUUCAAAAGCUAGAUAUGAGCUACAAUGAUCUCAGUGGCACUUUACCUUUAUGUCUAGCAAAUUUAACAUCCCUUCAACUGUUAGAUCUAUCUUCCAAUCACUUCAUCGGAAAUAUCUCCUUAUCUCCCCUGGGGACCCUCACAUCCAUGCACACAUUACAUCUUUCAAGCAACCUGUUCCAAAUCCCAAUCUCUCUUCUGCCAUUCUUCAACCUUUCAAAGCUCAAGCACCUGGAUUGUUAUGAGAAUGAAAUAUAUGCAGAUAUAGAUGUGCCUACUUUGACACCAAAAUUUCAACUACGGACCCUAGAUUUGUCAGGUCAAGGAGAUGGCGGAGUGUUUCCCAAGUUCUUCUACUAUCAGCAUAAAUUAGAAUAUGUUUAUAUGUCAAAUAUUAAAAUGAAGGGACAGUUUCCACAUUGGUUGAUCAGGAACAACACAAAAUUAUACACACUUCACUUGCCCAACUGUUCUCUUUCGGGGCCUCUCCAAUUGCCAAUUCAUUCCCAUGUGUAUUUUUCACACUUAGACAUCUCUGACAACUACUUCAAUGGCUCUAUUCCAACAGAAAUUAGAGUAUGUUUUCCAAGUUUAAAUUCUCUAGACUUGUCUGGAAAUGGUCUCACCGGUGGCAUUCCUUCAUCAUUUGGCAAAAUGAGUCAACUGACAGAAUUAGACUUGUCCAACAAUCAUUUGUCAGGCAUAAUACCCCAAGACUUGAUUGUUGGAUGCAGUUCGUUAUCUGAGCUCAUUCUUUCAAACAAUAGUUUGCAUGGCCAAAUAUUCCCAAAACAAGCUAAUUGCAAAGAAUUGAUUCGAUUAUUGUUGGAUGGCAAUCAAUUCACUGGAAGUAUCCCAUAUAGCAUAACUAAUUGCACACGGUUGAAAGUGUUGGACGUGAGAGAUAAUCAGCUCUUUGGCAGCAUCCCUAGUUGGAUAGGGAAUAUGACUUCUCUUCAAAUCUUGGAUCUUUCAAAGAAUAAUUUCUUUGGAAACCUGCCAUCCAGCUUUUGCCCUCCAUCGAUCGGUGAAGUUUAUUUAUCAAGAAAUAGGCUACAAGGACCAUUGAUGAAUGCAUUUUACAAUUGUCCUAGUUUAAUGAUAUUGGAUCUUAGACACAACAAUUUCACUAGAAGAAUUCCAGAAUGGAUUGGCAAUUUUUCAGCAUUGACCUAUCUUCUUUUGGGUUAUAAUAAUCUUGAAGGUAAAAUACCAAUUCAGUUGUGCAACUUAACUCAAUUAAGGUUGGUUGAUCUUUCUAAUAAUAAUCUUUUUGGUCAUGUCCCCCCUUGCAUAAGCAUUGAUAGCAAUUGGGUUAGGGGAAUUCAAGAUGUAGAUGAUCGUUUUAUAACUUAUAUUAGGGAACAACCUUUGGAGUUUACAACAAAGAGAAUAUCAUAUUAUUUUCGAGGAAGAGUUCUCAAGCUCAUCUCAGGACUCGAUCUGUCCUGCAACAAUUUGACAGGUAAAAUUCCUGCUGAAUUAGGAAAUCUUAGCAUGAUCCAGGUGUUAAACCUGUCCCAUAAUAGUUUGACAGGAUUGAUUCCGCAAUCAUUUUCAAACUUGAAGCAAAUUGAGAGCUUGGAUCUGUCCUACAACAAAUUGAAUGGCAAAAUCCCUCAACUCACUCAACUACAUUGGCUAGCUGUCUUCAGUGUAGCACACAACAAUUUAUCUGGCAAGACACCUGAGAUGGUUGCACAAUUUGCGACAUUCGACAAUAGUAGCUAUGAGGGAAACCCUUUCCUUUGUGGACCUCCAUUGUCUAAAAGUUGCUUUUCUUCAUCAAUAAUGCCAAGAGUUUCAGAGGAAGAUAAAAAAGAUCAUAAAAGAGAUGGUGGCUUUAUGGACAUGGAUGCUUUCUAUGUGAGUUUUCUGAUUUCUUAUGCCUUAGUGUUGUUGACCAUGGCUGCCAUUUUGUUCAUAAAUCCAUAUUGGCGAAGAGCAUGGUUCUAUAUGAUAGGGUUGAGCCUCACCAACCUCUACUAUUUUCUGGUAGACAAUAUUCCUUUUUGGUUUAGAUGCUAUUGAAGUCUGGGUCUGCUAUGUACUUUAAAAGCAUUCAACCAUGAUCAGUGAGCUGAGUUUAUGUCCUAGUUUGAGUAAGCUAGGUUGGUUGCAGAAUAAUGAGCUGGAGCUGAUUGCAGAGUAUAAUUUAUUACUUGUUUUUGUCAGUUAAUUAGGUGAGCUGUGAACAAACAUUGUUAACUUUGUAUACAAUUGUAUACUGUUCAUACUUUCAAGUUAACUUUGUCAGUUAUAAUUCAAUGCUUUCAUGGUUAAAUUCUUAAUUCCUUCUUCAAAUGGAACCUACAAUAUGGUUUCAAAGGGAAAUUUUAAUAAGUUAGAACAAAAACAAAUAUAUUCGAAACAAUCAUACCAUUAUAUAUAUAACGCAUACACUUUAAACAAUGUCAAACUCACCAUAAUCGAAUAGUCAAAAUAAAAUCAUUUCGACAUACUCCAAUCGUAUAUAAUAAUUUUUCCCUAUUCAGCCCAUUUUCUUCUUGUGGUGAGUAUUCUCAAAUUCCCCUUACCAAUUAAUAAAAUCAAGCUCCAUUCCACACCAAAAUUGAGAAGUUGUUAAUUAUUUAUGACAAUAGUAGAUAUAUCCUUCCAAAAUAAAGGAGCGAAAAUAUCCAAAGAAAGUUGAAAAGGUGAGGGAUUUGGGAAGUGGAGAUGUGAAGAGGCAAAGGUUGGCUUGAUCGAAUUAGUUCCUCUUUUGGGAAGGAAAAUAAAUGGAAAUGUGGAGCUUGUUCAAGAGAAAGAUAAUGAAGUGUCUUCAAUGUGUGUAGAGGAAACACAGAAGAGUAAUGAACCUGAAAUGGCGGUAACGAAUGAGGACUUGCAGGGGGAUUACAAUGGAAUGAUGAAUCUCAAGAAAUGAUCAGUGGUUCAUUGCUAAAUUCCAUGAAUAAUGAGGGUUUAGUAAAAAGGAAUUAUUUGGAUGAGGUUAUGAUGGAUUCAGUUGACAGUCUGCGGAAAAGAGAAGCUCAAUGCCUGUUGAUGAAGGUGGAUUUUUCAAAAAUGUAUUUCAAGCCAUAGAAUUUCUUGCUGGCUAGCAAGGAUGAGGGAGCCAUGCUGAAUGCCACUGAUUUUGGAUUAUCUGUGUUCAGUGAAGAAGGGAAUAAUCAAUAAUGAGAAGAUCAAAUGCAAGAUAAAACAAAUGUUCAGUGUAGAUGCAAUCAGGUAUUUGAGCAGGAUCAAAAGCAGGAUGAAGUGACAUUGUGCCUUGCAAGAGUUCAGUUCAAUUAGCAGAGAUUCCCUUGAGAGCUUGUUUCAGUCUAUUGGUGGUGGAUUUUUUUCUUUUUUUUCUGGGAUAAAUAUUGAUUAGUGUAGUUGUUAAGCUGUUAGAGAAGUUUUGAGCUGUUAAACAGUUAGAGAGAAGAGCUGAUUGUAAUCUUUAUGCAAGGGAUUGAACCUUCUGUAAUAUGCUAUCUAUGAUUGAAUAAUAACUCUCUUCUUGCUCAA